CCAUCUCCAGAACCUUCCGUAAACCCCUCUCCAGAACCCUACUAAAACCCUAGUUCCUCUCUCAGCUUACAGAACAAUCGCCUCUCUCCUUUCUUUCUCUCUACUGGUAGUGAGUGUUCUAUCUCUUCUGUUGUGGUCGCUAACAUGCAUAGGCUUCCGAGGCGCUCCGUCUCCGCCGUCCUCCGCAACGGUGGUGCACGGUACCGAAAUGCCGCUUCCCCAAUUGCUUCAUCUAACAGCCUCUUCAAUGAAUCGGCUGGACAGAGUGAUACUAAACUCAGAUGGUACUCAGUGUUAACCACUGGGAGAUGCAACACCACAGGAUCUAUGGAGUCAUUGAACCUGAGAAAUGGGCUGUUUCGAGGCAACCGAUACGAGUCAACUACUGCAGCAUCUGAUGCGUCAGAUACUCCAGCUGAGAAAUAUGAAUACCAAGCUGAGGUUAGUCGACUCAUGGACCUCAUUGUUAACAGCUUAUAUAGCAAUAAGGAGGUCUUCCUUCGGGAGCUCGUCAGCAAUGCAAGCGAUGCUUUGGACAAGCUGCGAUUUCUCAGUGUUACAGACCCCAAUCUUUUGAAGGAUGGAGGUGAUCUUGAUAUCCGUAUCCAGUCUGACAAAGAUAAUGGGAUUAUUACAAUUACGGAUUCUGGCAUUGGGAUGACUCGUCAAGAACUUGUUGACUGUCUUGGAACUAUUGCACAAAGUGGAACUGCAAAGUUCUUAAAGGCAUUGAAGGAGAGCAAGGAUUCUGGAGCUGACAGCACUUUAAUUGGUCAAUUUGGUGUGGGAUUUUAUUCGGCUUUCCUAGUUUCUGAUCGGGUUGUUGUCUCAACAAGGAGUCCCAAAUCUGAUAAGCAAUAUGUAUGGGAAGGAGAGGCCAAUUCUAGCACUUAUACUAUUCGAGAGGAGACUGAACCUGAGAAGUUCCUUCCUAGGGGGACUUGCCUCACGCUAUAUUUGAAGCGGGAUGACAAAGGUUUUGCACAUCCAGAAAGGAUUGAGAAGCUUGUUAAAAAUUAUUCUCAGUUUGUUUCAUUCCCAAUUUACACCUGGCAGGAAAAGGGUUAUACUAAAGAGGUUGAGGUUGAUGAGGAUCUGGCUGAUGCCAAGACAGAUGGACAAGAUGGGCAAACUGAGCAGAAGAAGAAGAAAACCAAGAAAGUUGUUGAGAAGUACUGGGAUUGGGAGCUCACUAAUGAGACCCAGCCUAUAUGGCUUCGGAACCCCAAGGAUGUCACUACAGAGGAAUAUAAUGAAUUCUACAAGAAGACUUUCAAUGAAUACUUGGAGCCUUUAGCAUCUUCACACUUUACAACUGAGGGCGAGGUGGAGUUCAGGUCCAUACUUUACGUGCCAUCAAUGGCCCCCAUGGGAAAGGAUGAAAUGGUCAACCUCAAGACAAAGAAUAUAAGGCUCUAUGUUAAACGAGUGUUCAUUUCCGAUGACUUUGAUGGAGAAUUGUUCCCACGAUAUCUAAGCUUCAUUAAAGGUGUUGUUGACUCCAAUGAUCUUCCCCUCAACGUGUCACGUGAAAUUCUCCAAGAAAGUCGUAUUGUACGGAUUAUGAGGAAGCGCUUGGUUCGGAAGGCCUUUGACAUGAUUCUGGGCAUAUCCAUGAGUGAGAACAGAGAUGAUUAUGAGAAAUUCUGGGAGAACUUUGGCAAACACCUAAAAUUGGGUUGUAUUGAAGAUCGUGAGAACCACAAGCGUCUUGCUCCCUUGCUUCGAUUCUUCUCUUCGCAGAGUGAUCAAGAGAUGAUCAGCUUGGAUGAGUAUUUAGAGAACAUGAAACCUGACCAGAAGGAUAUUUAUUACAUUGCUGCUGACAGUGUAACAAGUGCUAUGAACACCCCUUUCUUGGAGAGACUUCUUGAGAAGGAUCUUGAAGUGCUGUUCUUGGUUGAUCCCAUUGAUGAGGUGGCCAUCCAGAACCUGAAAUCAUACAAAGAUAAGAAUUUUGUUGAUAUUAGCAAGGAAGACCUUGAUGUAGGUGAUAAGAAUGAGGAGAAGGAAAAGGAGAUGAAGCAGGAGUUUGGCCAAACUUGUGACUGGAUCAAGAAAAGGUUGGGUGACAGAGUUGCCAGUGUUCAAAUCUCAAAUCGUCUGAGCACGUCACCCUGUGUUCUUGUGUCUGGGAAGUUUGGUUGGUCUGCAAAUAUGGAGAGGCUGAUGAAGGCCCAAACAGUUGGUGACACCACUAGCCUGGAAUUCAUGAGAGGAAGAAGGGUGUUUGAGAUCAAUCCUCAACACCCAAUCAUUAACACCCUGAAUGCUGCAUUCAAGAGUGACCCAAAUGAUGAAGAAGCUUUGAGAGCUAUAGAUCUUUUGUAUGACACAGCUUUAAUUUCUAGUGGUUUCACUCCUGAGAAUCCAUCACAACUUGGAGGGAAGAUCUAUGAGAUGAUGGGCACGGCUCUGUCAGGCAAGUGGGCAACUCAGCAGCAAUUUUCUCAACAACACAACGCAGAACCACUAGAGGCCGAGAUUGUUGAGUCAGUUGAAACCAGUGGUCAGAAAUGAGAUGGGGAAAACUUUUGAACUUUCAUGUUUUUAUAUACGUAUGAAUAGAUAAUAGAUUCAGUAGAGGGGAAUUCGUGGGUGGUAAAAUUUUUGAGCUGAGCAAACUCGGUUGAUGGGGGUGGAAACCUUGAUCUGGCUUGUGAUUAAUGGUUGAACUUUAUUUGUUGCUAUGCUUUGAUGGAUUCAAAUGGUUGACAUUCAUCAAUUGGAUUUUGAUUCAGAGUUGUCUGUUUUGUUCCCA